AUGGCAGUGGUCCUGGAUGCUUUUGCAUCUUACAUUCAAAACAUGCUGACGGAGAUGGCAAAAGAAGAGGUGGACAUGCUUCUCGGGGUCUCUGGUGAGAUCGAUAACCUUGGCACCAAGCUCGGGGACCUCAAAAACUUCCUCGCUGAUGCUGACAGGAGGAACGUCACCGACCAAAGUGUGCAGCCAUGGGUGAGGGAGCUCAAAGACACCAUGUACGACGCCACUGACAUCCUUGACCUGUGUCAGCUUAAGGCCAUGGAGAGAGGUUCAUCAUCCCUGGCUAUGGGGUGCCUCAACCCCUUGCUAUUCUGCAUGAGGAAUCCCGUCUUCGCCCACGACAUCGGCAGCCGCAUCAAGAAGCUCAACAAGAGGCUAGACGCCAUCAAGGAGCGCAGCGCUACCUUCAGCUUCAUCAACCUUGGUUCCUAUGAGGACCGCAGUGGCAAGGAGACAACAUCUCGUCUUGCCAACCGCGAGACCUCAGCGCAGCUCGACCGGUCUAGUGUGGUUGGCGAACAGAUUGAACUUGACACAAGGAAGCUAGUGGAGAUGCUAACAGAAGACCCUGAAACCACUGCUACCCAUGACAAAGAUAAUAAAAGUAUGGUCUUGGCUAUUGUUGGCAUUGGCGGAAUUGGCAAGACAACCCUUGCCCAAAAAAUCUUCAACGACGACACCAUCAACCGUGUCUUCACCAAAAAGAUAUGGUUGAGUGUCAACAAGGACUUCAGUGUGGCAGAGAUCCUAAAGAGAGCCAUCAUCGAAUCUGGGGGGGAUCACCAUGCAGCUGGGAAUGCAAAAGCCACACUUCAACGGAUCCUUCAGAAUGCUUUGGAUGGGCACAAGACUAUUCUGGUCAUGGAUGAUGUUUGGAAUGACCAAGCAUGGAGUGAUGUUCUUAAAACGCCAUUUGGCAAUGCUGCUGGUCAUGGUAGCCGAGUCCUGGUCACCACAAGGCAUGACUUGGUUGCACGAGCGAUGAAAGCUAGGGAGCCCUACCACCACGUCGACAAACUUGACCCCAAAGAUGCUUGGUCCUUGCUCAAGAAACAGGUAAUCAGAAAUGAAGAUGAGGAGCCUCUGAUUGAUAUGCUAGAGGAUAUUGGAAUGAGAAUUAUAGAAAAAUGUGAUUGUUUGCCACUUGCUAUCAAAGUAAUGGGAGGACUCCUGUGCAAGAAAAUGGCAAGACGAGGAGAUUGGGAAAAGGUAUUGAAUAAUGCAAUAUGGUCAGUAUCUCAAAUGCCUGAAGAGCUAAACUAUGCAAUAUACCUUAGUUACGAAGAUCUGCACCCUUCUUUAAAACAAUGCUUUUUACACUACUCCCUCAUCCCUAAUAAGAGCACAGUGUUCUUCGUUGAUGACAUUGUGAGCAUGUGGAUUAGUGAAGGAUUUGUUGAGGGGAACUCUGAUGAACUAGAAGAAUUAGCAACGGAGUACUACAAUGAGCUAAUACUGAGGAACCUUAUAGAACCAGAUCUUUUGUAUGUUGACCGAUGGGUUUGUAACAUGCAUGAUGUAGUUCGAUCAUUUGCACAAUAUAUGGCAAGAGAUGAAGCACUAGUAGCACACAAAGGGAAACCUGAUAUUGGUAAACUCAACUCAAAAAAAUUCAUUCGAUUGUCACUGGAAACUGAAGGAUCAGAAGCAGAGGAGUUAGAGUGGAGCUCUCUGCAAUCACAGAAAUCACUGAGAACACUACUAGUAGCUGGGCAUAUAGGGAUUAAAGCUGGUGAUUCAUUGGGUACCUUUCCAAGUCUACGGACCCUACAUAUAGACUCAACAAAUUUUGACGUAAUGGCUGGAUCAUUGUGUCAACUCAAACACUUGAGGUAUUUCUCUAUCACUGACCCUAACACAUCUAGGCUCCCGGUAAACAUUGGAAAGAUGAAAUUCUUGCAGUACAUAAGUCUUGAUGGUUGUGAAAACUUGGUGAAGCUUCCUCGUGGUAUUGAAAAGCUACAACAGCUUAGGUAUCUUAGCCUAAUGGGAACGAAUAUAAAUUUUAUACCUAGGGGGUUCUACGUUUUAACUAAUUUGAGGAAGAUUUUCGGGUUUCCCGCCCACAUGGAUGGCGACUGGUGUAGCCUGCAAGUGUUGGAGCCUCUUUCCAGGCUCAUGGGCCUUUCUAUAUAUGGUCUAGAAAAUGUACUUUCUUCCUCCUUCGCCGCAAAGGCUAGGCUUGGUGAAAAGGUGCAUCUUAGCUAUCUGUUCUUAAACUGCACCAGUAGACUAGAAGAUGAUGGACAACUCGUUAGAGAAGACGAAGUCUUCUCUGAGGCAGAGCAACAACAAAUUGUGGAAGUGUUUGAUGAGCUCUGCCCUCCCCCCUGCUUAGAUGUUCUUGAAAUUGAAGGAUUUUUUGGGCGGUGGUUCCCAAGGUGGAUGAGAUCAAUAGCAGCUGCACCCCUUGAAAACCUGCGGAUUCUGACGAUGGAUGACUUGCCUUGCUGCACAGAGCUCCCCAAUGGCCUGUGUCAUCUACCAUGCUUGGAGUUACUUCAGAUUUGUCGAGCGCCAGCCAUCGAGCGUGUUGGACUGGAAUUCUUGCAGCCCCAGCAUGAUCACCACCAUACUUCCCAGUUGGCUGCUGUGUUUCCCAGAUUGCACAACUUAACAUUAACAGAAAUGGUGGAAUGGGAGGAGUGGGAGUGGGAGGAGAAUGUGCAAGCCAUGCCAUUGUUGGAAGAGUUUCUUCUAGAGAGUUGCAAGUUGAGGUGUAUUCCAGUUGGCCUUGCUUCCCAUGCGAGGUCUUUGAAAAAAUUAUAUGUACAUGAUGUACAGCACCUCAACUCCCUGGAGAACCUUGCUGCCGUUGUUGAGCUCGAAGUGUAUGACAACCCCGACCUGAUGAGAAUUGCUAAUUUCCCCAAGUUGUGGAAGCUGGACAUCUCUGGGUGCCAAAAGCUGAAGGUAUUGGAGGGGUUACCUGCACUCCAGAAACUUGAGCUGACAGAUUACGACAUGGAGACACUCCCUAUAUACCUGAAGGAUUUCAAACCAACAAAUCUGCAGAUAGACUGCACCUUAUCGCUGCUGACCUCCAUAGCCGCAGGAAAAUUCAGCCAUGAGUGGGACAAGUUUAGUCAUAUCCAACAAGUCAAGGCAUAUGCAAACGACGGAGAUAUUGAAAGAAAAUGGUAUGUGCUGUACACAAGAGAGCCUUUCAAUUUGGAGACAAAUGUCGCUGACAGGUAUUCCAAAUCACGUAACUGCUUUAUUUAA